AUGCUGUCCUUCAUCCUGAUCCAGAAUCGCCAGGGCAAGACCCGUUUGGCCAAGUACUACGCGCCUUACAGCGAUGACGAGAAGAUCAAGCUCAAGGGCGAGGUCCACCGCCUGGUCGCCCCCCGAGACCAAAAGUACCAGUCCAACUUCGUCGAGUUCCGGAACAACAAGAUCGUCUACCGCCGGUACGCCGGACUCUUCUUCUGCGCAUGCGUCGACACCAACGACAACGAGCUGGCCUUCCUUGAGGCCAUCCACUUCUUCGUCGAGGUCCUCGACGCCUUCUUUGGCAACGUCUGCGAGCUCGAUCUCGUCUUCAACUUCUACAAGGUUUACGCUAUUCUGGACGAAGUGUUUUUGGCUGGGGAGAUCGAGGAGACGAGCAAACAAGUCGUGUUAACGCGGUUGGAACACCUGGACAAGCUGGAGUAG